AUGGCCCACCGAUUUCCAGCCCUCACCCAAGAACAGAAGAAGGAGCUCUCAGAAAUCGCCCAGCGCAUCGUUGCAAAUGGGAAGGGGAUCCUGGCUGCAGACGAGUCAGUGGGCACCAUGGGAAACCGCCUGCAGAGAAUCAAGGUGGAGAACACCGAGGAGAACCGCCGGCAGUUCCGAGAGAUGCUCUUCACAGCGGACAGUUCCAUCAACCAGAGCAUUGGCGGGGUGAUCCUUUUUAAUGGUUUGUUUUCACAGUUAGACCAAGGAGCUGCUCCCCUUGCAGGAACCAACAAAGAAACUUCCAUUCAAGGACUUGAUGGCCUUUCUGAGCGCUGUGCUCAGUACAAGAAGGACGGUGCUGACUUUGGGAAGUGGCGUGCUGUGCUGAGGAUUGCCGACCAGUGUCCGUCCAGCCUCGCCGUCCAGGAGAACGCCAACGCCUUGGCCCGCUAUGCUAGCAUCUGUCAGCAGAAUGGGUUGGUACCCAUCGUCGAACCAGAGGUUAUUCCUGAUGGAGACCAUGACCUUGAACACUGCCAGUAUGUUACUGAGAAGGUGCUGGCUGCCGUCUACAAGGCCUUGAACGACCAUCAUGUUUACCUGGAGGGCACCCUUCUGAAGCCUAACAUGGUGACUGCUGGACACGCCUGCACCAAGAAGUAUACUCCAGAGCAAGUGGCUAUGGCCACUGUCACAGCUCUCCACCGCACUGUUCCUGCAGCUGUUCCUGGCAUCUGCUUCCUAUCUGGUGGCAUGAGUGAAGAGGAUGCCACUCUCAACCUCAAUGCUAUCAACCUUUGCCCUCUACCAAAGCCAUGGAAACUAAGCUUCUCUUACGGACGGGCCCUACAGGCCAGUGCACUUGCUGCUUGGAGUGGCAAGGCUGCCAACAAGAAGGCAACACAGGAGGCCUUUAUGAAGCGGGCCUUGGCUAACAGCCAGGCAGCCAGAGGACAGUAUGUUCAUUCGGGCUCGUCGGGUGCCGCUUCCACCCAGUCACUCUUCACUGCCAGCUACACGUACUAG